AUGCAUCGCACCUAUUCCAUGCGCCAAUCGCGCAUGCCCACCGCAUCGCAGAUUGAGAAUCCGCCUCCGCCGUUGUCCACGACCAAGACAAACCGAUGGAUUGGGAAAGGCGGCUUCGGCCAUGCCUUCCGUAAGAAUGCCGCCGGCGCAUUCGGACCCGAUCUUGCAAGGAAGCUCUCCCAGCUCGUUAAGAUGGAGAAGAAUGUCAUGCGCAGCAUGGAAAUGGUAGCCAAGGAGCGUAUGGAGACCGCUCAACAACUGUCCAUCUGGGGUGAGAACUGUGACGAAGAUGUGUCCGACAUCACGGACAAGAUCGGCGUGUUGCUCUAUGAAAUCGGAGAGUUGGAAGACCUCUAUGUCGACCGUUAUGAUCAGUACCGUGUCACCAUCAAGAGCAUUCGCAACAUUGAAGCUUCCGUUCAGCCCAGCCGAGACCGCAAACAGAAGAUCACCGAUGAGAUCGCCAAGCUCAAGUACAAGGACCCAAACUCUCCUCGGAUCGUGGUUCUCGAGCAAGAGCUGGUUCGCGCAGAAGCCGAGUCCCUCGUAGCCGAGGCUCAGCUUUCCAACAUCACUCGCGAGAAGCUCAAGGCAGCUUUCCAGUACCAGUUCGAUGCACUCCGUGAGCACUGCGAGAAGGUGGCCAUCAUCGCUGGCUACGGCAAGCACCUUCUGGAUCUCAUCGACGAUACUCCAGUCACCCCUGGUGAAACUCGCGCCUCGUACGACGGAUACGAUGCUAGCAAGGCUAUCAUUCAGGACUGCGAAGAGGCACUUGCCAACUGGGUUACCUCUAAGGCCGCCGUCAAGUCCGACGUGUCACAGCGCACGCGCACCCUAUCUCAGCGUCGCCGGGAGGCUAUCGGCAAGAACCGCGAUGGUGUCGACCUCUCUACUCAGGACCAGCCCAUGAGGGGCGAUCGGGAUUCGUGGGUCCCUGCUGACCAGCACCCAACCUACGUUGAAGAUGGUGAGGAAGUCGCUAGCACCGUGGACGGAGAGGCUCGGGGUCGAGAAGAAGAACGCGAGCCUGUCAGCGUCUAA